CCUCUCUCAAACCAAAUCAUUCACAAUGUUCUUCUCCAAGACCAUCGCCGUUUGCGUCAUUGCUGCUUGCAGCGCACUUGUCAGUGCCUCCCCGGCACCUGUCAUCACCCCAAAGCCAUGCUACACCAGAACCCUUUCCUACAGGGCCGCCUUCUGCCCUGCCACUUACACUCCACCCUGUGAUGGCCCAUGCUUUGUUGCCGUCACCACCUCCAUUCCUUGCCCUGAGAAGAGGUGCCCAACCACCAAGACCGUCAGCGUCAACUACGGCUGCCCAACUUGCACUUCGGUCUGCCCAACUGUCACCAAGUCUUGCAGCGCUUCUCCAACUCUCGGCCCUACCCUGACCGCUUCCUAAGCGCACUUGGAUUUCACGAUUAUACGAACGAAGGAUGACCGGUUUUAACA